UAAAAUUUAAAAAAAGCUCGCCCUACCCCAUCCUCGCUAAGAAAAUGAUUUGGUAGCAUGACCCCUAGUUACCAGUUACCCUCGGUAUUCAGAUGAAAACAUGGCGACACCUAAUGUGGGUCGCUUGCAAUGUUUGUACUCUCAUGUUUCCAAUUAUCGCCAAUACCACGGACUUCAGCAAGGGACAUUUGUUUAUUUAAGAUUCACUGGAAUUAUUUACAAUCGAAAUGAUGGUUUUCAAAAGAACUUUUCGACAUCACCGAGAAAUGCAGCGAGAUCGGCAGAUUUGACGAGAUAUCAAAAAUUCCGCAAAGUUAUUAGCACAUUUGUGGCUGGAAGUAAACAUCUAGGAAAAGAUGUAAAAGUGAUGUUUCAGAUACAGCGAAAAUUAAAGAGUAAUAAUUACAACUGGGAGGUCUUGAAAACAGAGGAAAUAUUACAUCUACAUCAGACAAGAAAAGAUCUUCUGAAGAGUUUGCCUGUGGUUGUGGGAUUCUUCAUUCCAUUCUUGGGUUAUGCAGUUCCAUUUGUAGCAUUCCUUUAUCCAAAACAACUGUUAUCUCAUCAUUAUUGGCAACCUCACCAACGUGAAAAAUUUGCUCAGCAAGAUGUAAGAAGACGACGAAAAUAUCAACUUCCUCUUGUUAGAGAAGUUGGAAGAUUGGCCUUAAGAUACAAAGCAAGCAGAUAUUCUACAGACCUGAUGUCUACCUCAGUUAAAGCUGUAAACAAAAAGCAUUUGUCCAAUGAGGAGCUGUUGCAAAUGGCUGAAUUCUUUGAGGGGAAUCUCCUUGGCUUUGAUCACUUACCGCGUUACCAUCUGAAAAAACUUAGCCAAGUGUGGUUAAUCACUCCUUGGCUACCCAAGUCAUUUUUGCGUAUUCGCUUGAAACGUUUGGUAAAAUCAAUUAAGAGGGAAGAUGCUGCUAUAAAGAAAGAGGGACUUGUGAAUCUCCAAGAAGAUCAACUGAAAGUGGUGUGUCACUCCAGAGGUCUAGACACAACUGAUGUUGACCCAGAGGCACUGGUACAGUGGUUAGCAGAGUGGGUGGAGUUGUCUGAUGCUGCAGGAGACACAGAUGAAUCUUUCUUGGCUCAUUGUGCUGUUUUUAAGGCCAUGAAUUAUUCAAAAGACGGAAAAGCUGGAGAUCAAGAUUUGGUUGUACAAAAAGGGUGAUAUUGAAGAUGUUUAGUCUUUCUGGAAAAU